AUGUCCUCUUUGUUGCUCAUGGAUCGCGCCUCCUCAGGCUUCGGCGAAGCCAUCGCCUACGAAGCGCUCUCGCGCGGCCACCAAGUCAUUGCCACAGCGCGCAGCGCAUCCAAGCUGGGCAAAAUUAAGGGCGCCGGUGCCGCCGUGCUCGACCUGGACGUGACUAGCGACGAGGAGAAGCUGGCGGCCGUCUUCAAGGAGGCUAACGCCAUCUACGGCCGGAUUACCCAUGUCGUCAACUGCGCGGGGUAUCUAUUGGAGGGCGCUGUUGAAGAGGCUAGCAAUAAAGAGGUCUUUGACACAUUCAACACCAACGUUUUUGGCACGGCCAACGUUGCGAGGGCAGCGGCGCCCUACCUCCGCGAGGCGGCCAAAGUGCCAGGGGGACAGGCGGCGCUGGCGACGUUUGGCAGCCUCGGGAGUUGGGAGUCGGGCCCGGCCGCGGCUUAUUACUGCAGCACCAAGUUCGCCGUGAGCGGGCUGACUGAGGGCCUGGCGGAGGAGCUGCGGCCGUUUGGGAUUACCGUGUGCUGCUUCGAGCCCGGGUACACGCGCACCGGGUUCUUGGCGUCCGGGGCCGGCGGAGACCACCGGAUCAAGACGGCGCGGCAGAUCGAGUUGUACCACAACACCGGAGCGGAAGAGAUGCGCAAGGCCAUGGACGCCUACAACGGGAACCAGCCCGGCGAUGUGGUCAAGUGCGCGAAGGUCAUUGUCGACGUGUUGACCAAGGAGGGCGUGGCCAAGGGGAGGGAAAUUCCCGUGAGGCUGCCGCUGGGGUCGGACUGUCUCGGGGUGGUGAGGCAUAAGUGCGAGAGCGCGCUAAAGCUGGUGAAGGAAUGGGAGGAGGUCAUCUCCUCGACCAUGCAUUAG